AUGGAGCGCUGUUCUUUUGAGGAAAUGAAUGAACUAAUUCGAUCAUCUUCUCAUUCAGUUACACCAGCAGUUAUUGAUUGUUCAAAAACUGAUCAUGCUAUUCGAAACACAAUGAAUAAAUGUCAUGAAAGCACACUCGAUAAUAUUCGAGAUCAAUUUCACAUAUUUUCCGAUCGUCUUGCACAUGUUGAACAAUCGAAAUUUACACGAACAUUCAUCAACAACGACUCCAGACCUGCUCCAAGUCGAUCAGUUCAGAUCGAAAAUUCGACAGCUAUGUGGUCUGAAAAUUUACAAGCACAAGAAGAAAUUAGUCGUCUGAAAUUAGAACUUGCUAUAGUACGUUCGCAAAUUAAUAAUAAUCAAUCAACAUCACAUUCAAUUCAACCAUUACCAUUAAUGUCAACACAGACAUUGAAUUAUUACUCAUUAAUUCCACCAACACACGUUUUAACCAAUCAAUUACCACACUCUCAUAGACGAUCAUCAACUUCUAAACCAAUUCAAAAUUUGGUAAGUGAUGAUCAUAUUAAUAGCUCACAGGUACGAAAACCUACCGAAAUUAUAACACCGAAUGUUAUCCGAUCAUCACGAUUACUUAUACUACCAACAAUAUUAGUUUCAUCAUUGCCAUCUUCAUCACAGGAUAUUUCUCCUCAAUUUUCUACUACAAGUCAAUCGCAGCAUCCAACUUCAAUUAAUAAUGCACAAUUAUUACAACAAUAUUCAUCUAUUAGUACUCAAAAUGAUAGUACUAAUACAUCAUUCGAUCAAACUACAUCGUCAACAGUACAUCAACAAAAAUGUACAAUCAAUACCACAACCUGUAGCACAUACAUUUUUACAAAUCGUUCAAACACAAUCUACAAAUACAAUUGA